CAUGACGUAAGCGCGUGAGGAGCAAAUAGAGGACGACCAACUCCGGUCGACACUAGCAGGGAGCGCCUCCGAAACAUUCAGUCGAACAAAUAACGCGAAUUAUAGUUUAUCAUCGAAGUGUUUGUUUAAAAUACAAGAGAAAAUCGUGAAAAUGAAGAUCCUGUUGGUGCUAAGUGCCCUGCUGUGCGUGUACCGAGCCAGUGCGUCAACAGCUGGCUUCAUUAAGUCGCCCCUGUCCCAGAUGAAGCUGCUGGGGGGCUGGGCGGAGCUGCAGUGCGAGGUGGUGGGGGACCCCCUCCCGGAGGUGCAGUGGUGGUUUGUGGAGGGCCAUGGCCCCGAGGAGACGCUGGUGCAGCUGUUUGACGGGGCGCGUGAGGGCCGCAUGGUCGUCAACGCCACCUAUGUAGCACACGCCACCAGCUCCGUCGUCCUCGGCAACCUGUCCCUCUCUGACUCGGGCACGUAUGAGUGCCGUGCCUCCAACGACCCCGACCGCAACGAGCUGAAGAAGACGCCCAAGAUCAAGUGGAUCCGCUCCCAGGCCAACGUCCUGGUGUUCCAACAGCCCCUGAUAGUGACGGACCCUGCGGAGGUGAGUAACCGGACCUCUGCUCUGCUGAGCUGUAACCUGACGGCCCCCACCUCCCCCAUCAAGGGCAGCUUCUGGAUGAAGAAUGACCUGGAGCUGGACGGGACCAGGAAGAGUACCAACCAGGCCUACAUUGAAUUCACCCUGAACAAGAUCAACGCCCAGGCGGGGGGGCAGUAUAAGUGUGUGUUUGUCACUGAGCCCGAGGUCUCCGAGGUCAUAGAGGUCAAGACUCCUCUCCAUGUGUCGGCCUACAAGCACUCUGAGCAGGGGAACGAGCGUGACCGUGGGGUGAUGGUGUGUCAUGGUUACGGGUACCCACUGCCCACCGACUGGGCCUGGAGGAAGAUACAGCCUGACGGCACUCCCUUUGCCAUCGCCAACGCCACCCUCGACAAGUACGAGAUCAAGACGACCCCUAACAAAACCACGCUGUCCAUCCUGGACCUGGACAUGGAGCAGGACAUGGGCGACUAUGAGUGCCUGGCCACCAGUGAGCUGGGCGUGGCCUCCGACAAGAUCCACCUGCGCGUACGCUCCCGCCUGGCUGCCCUGUGGCCCUUCCUGGGCAUCGUGGCCGAGGUCAUCAUCCUGGUCACCAUCAUCUUCAUCUACGAGAAGAGGAGAACACCUGAUGAGAUCAGUGACGAUGACGACUCAGGAUCUGCUCCUCUGAAGAGCAACUCCACCAACCACAAGGAGAAGAACGUCCGGCAGAGGAACUCUAACUAGGAGAGGAGAGAGGUUCCUGAUGACUCCUGUCCAGAGCAAGUGGCUGUGUGGCACAUAAUCUAGUGCACCCCGCAAUCUUUAAAUAUCUUUCUUUUUCGCUUGAGUGUCAUUGUGUUGACUGGUCUCCCUUCCUCCAGGCUGGGCGUGUAGCCAGCACUGCAUGACUUAUUCUUGAAGUUCUAGAAGUGUUUGUCUGUAGUAAAACGUUGUAGCGUUGCCAUAGGAAUGCUGUCUUGGUGGUUCUGUUGACCCCAGGCCUGUGAGGCCAGUCUGUACCCUUUACCUCUAGACCCAGACCACUGUCUGAUCCUAAACCCAUCAGAGCAGUGUAUUAAGGCCUUAACACCCCCCGCCCACCUUCCUCCUCCUCCAUCCCUGAGCGUAUUCAGAGUUUUAAAAACACAUCUAUGUGCUCCACCCUCUGAUUCUACUGUGUGAGAAUGCACUGUUUAAAUUAAGAAUUAAUUACCUGUUUUAUAUUUCUGAUGUUUGUAGUUUUCAGUUGUCUUUGCUUUGUUUGCCAUACAAACAUCUACAGUAGUACUUCCUGUAUAAGUCUAUAGUAGUACAUUAUUGGGUCAGGUUAUGGUCAGGUGAUGCCUAAAUGGAAAAUUGAUGUUUUCUUUCGUUGAAAGCUAGUGAAUCAGUUCUGCCUCUCAAAUGUUUCUGAUUUUCUACAAGAUGCUAGUCAGCUCAGAAGCCAUCUGCUGCAUCAACGUGAUUAUUGUGACUGGGAGCGUCCUCUCGCACAUCUGGAAAACCUUUUUAAUAGAAAAAUUUAAAUUAUUUUGCCUAGCAAGUAACCAAGCAAGUAGAUUGAACACUGUCAACUGUACCAACCUGCACCACCUUAAUAAAAGUUGAUUUGAUUUUAAAAGA